CAGGACAUAAAAGAUUGGUGACAAGAUGAAAAGAUUUUGGUGGGGAUAGGAGUGAUUUUCUAUUUUAAGAACAUUGAUAAAUUGCUUACUCCUGCUUCUAAAUGUAGGGCCAAAAUUGCAUUACUCUGAUCAUUUUUGCCCACUUUGAUUUACAUUUAGAUGCUUAGUAAACACUGGUUUUGUACACCAAAUAUCUUCCUACCAGUUAUUGAAUAACCAGCCCCAGUAGAUCAUUUGAACAUAAUGUAAAGUUCAUUGAUGUGUAUACAUUUUUACAGUUUUUUAAACUCCCUUACAUCGAACGAAAAUGUUAAUACAUGCAGUUUCCCCUUUUCGUCUCUGUUCAAGUUCAGCGUUCAACCUUGUGUCGCCUUUUGUUGACGUAAUCAAUGAGAUGACGUCACAUAUCGUGCGACAUUUUUUAUGAGACUUAUGUUUCUCAUCGCUUAGGCUAUUUAUCUAAAUAUGUACAUUAGACACAAGUAACUAUUUUUUUUACACACACAUGUAUCUUUUCCUACUCACUAGGUAAGUGAGUAACAGAAGCAAAUACUGACGGACGGACACCAGGCUGCAACCUCGUAAGGCAAACUCAAAUUUUUGUACUCUAUAAAGACUUCGGAAUCAUGGGCAGGCUGGACGACGCUGCUAAGCGCAAGGUGGUGGAACUGCGUGAAGCGGGUCUGAGCUUCCGCAAAAUCAAAGCUGUGCUAGAGCUGGAGAACAUCAAAGUAUCUGCACAAGCAAUCUAUCUUUUCCUGAAGGAGUUUAAUGGACGAGGCAGACAAAACGAUGGUUUCGUGCCAAAGAAUGAUGGAUCUACAGUAGCUUCAGGAUCAAGGGAAAUGGGGCUAGGUGAAACGAGACACAGUGGCUGGAACGACCAGCAACUAAGAAAUCUGAUUCGUGAGGCUGCCCAUGUUACUGGCUUCUCAUCUCCUUCUGACUCCUCAGGGCAGAGUGGAGUAGUUUCAGAACCCAGGGGACCUGGAGCAAGCCCAGCUAGUCAGGAGCCGCAGCAGGGAGACAGAAAGGACGAGGAUGUACGAAUAGUUAGUGUGACCUCACUGGCACAGAAUACCCACCAUUAUGCUGUUCAAACAGUACGUUCAGGAAUUGGCUCAGGAGCAAUGACUGGGAUGUUUUCAAGAAGAAGGUACACACCCUCACCUGCAAACCCAGUACUUGUGGCUCGGAAAAGGCUCCUGGACAAGGCUUUGUUCCACAGAGCAAGGGUACGGGACAGUGGCACUCAAUCAGCCCAACAAACCUCGCCGUUAGCAAGAAAAGAUCAGUCAUGUUUCCCUUAUUCAGAAGAGAAGAAGGUCAUGUUACCUCAAACAACCUCAUUCAGCCCCACAUCUGCCCGACCUGUGAGGGGACUCCAACCGGGAACGAACCUUUAUCGACAAGGAUUUCAGCAACGGACAAAUAUGCCCACCCGCGCUACAGAACAGUCACCCCGUAUUGGUAUUCGAAUUCCAGUGCCGGGCCAGUCAAAUACUGGGGCACAGAAUGCCAGUUCAUCCAUAAGGGCCCAGGCUUUAACCAGUCAGCAGCAGUCCUCUCCAUGCCAGCACAGCAAUAUGGACACUGGAACAAUAAAUGCAUUGCAGGAACAUAUAAAAUCUCUGGCAUCUGAAGUACGCAGCCUUGGCUUGGCUCUCAGGAUGAUGGUAGAGCAGCAGGGCCGCCUGGAAAGGGAACAGAACCAACAGACUCAGGUCCAAAAACAGAUCCUCAGCACCUUGCAGCAGCUAGCAUCUAAGCAAGGACCCUGUGCCUUUCAGCACAGUACAGCUUCCACAGUGCCCCCUUGCCCAUUGUCCUCAGCUUCCUACAGCCAGUGCACCUUCACCCCCAGCCAAAGCAACAGUUUGUGCAGCCAAGCCCAAUCCAGGUACAAUGAAAUCAAUGAUUCCACUUUAGGUAACGUUGAGCCAUUUUCACUGGACAGUCUGAGUUCUGCUGGGGUAAAUGGCUUUCAAACGUCUAACCCUCUUUCAUUCACCCAGACACAGUCACCACCAUUUACACAGACUCACACACAAACAUUCACACCUGAGAUUGUCAGCUACACACAGCCACACACAGACACUUAUGCAGGGAUGGACAGCAAGUCAGUGGAAAUGGGCUCAUCAAACACAGAGAGAUCUAUUCAAGCCUGCAGAUCUUCAAGUCAGUCUUCCACUGAGACAAUUCCUUUGCACGAUACCCAGCUGACAAUUGUUAAAAUAGAAACUGUUUAAAAGACAGUAGAACAUACACUGUGUUGUAUUUCUGAUCUUCCUUGCUGAGUGAUUUGUGGUACUGUUGAUUAUUUAAUUCAUCAUUUAUAUGCCUUUUUACCUUAAUGAGCAAAUACAAGUUUAGUAUUAUGGAAGCAAAAUAAAACCUGACUGAGUUUUUGUAUACAUUACGAUACAGCAAAGAUAAAGUGAUUCAUGAAAUGUAAUAUUUAAAUUUAAAAAAUGCUUUUUAAAUUGAA